CCAUCAGUUUGACUCAACCAAUUAGACAGCAAAGAUGUCCUCUAAUAAGUGCGGAAUCGUGAUCCUCAUCGCCUGUUGUCUGGUGGCUCUAGUGGCCUCUUAUCCUGAGCCGUAUCCCGAGGAGUUCUGGACCAAUCCCGAGAAUCUUCUCGAGGAGGCUCUCUUGGUUCGCCGUGCUCGGUCGCCGGAGGGCGGUUCCCUAGUCCUGUCCGCCAGCAAGGACGACCAAGUGGGUCGGGAGGCCAGUCUUCAGUACAACCACAAUCUGUACUCCAGUCGCGAUGGGCGUGGCAGUAUCGACGCCUACGCCCAGGCCAGCCGAAAUUUCGACCACAAUCGCAACAACUACGGCGGCGGCAUUCAGGGCACCUGGCGUUUCUGAGCGGGAAUACAAGUAUUAAAUUGGUCACAAAAUGAUUCAUGUGUAUAAAUAAAUGUGUUUACCAAAGCGCACUUCACUCAG